AUGGCGGCGGGGCAGGUAAUGCCGGGCGUGCUGAAGGUCUUGAUAGAGGGCGCGCGCGACACCGACGUCGUCGCGCCCGGCGGCGCGGAGCAGCAGCACCCCUUCUACGUGCUCGAGUGCGGCAACCAGCGCAGCCGCUCCAAGCCGGCGCGGGGCGCGCACCCCGUAUGGAACGUGGCCCACAAGUUUGCGCUCGCGAAUGAGAUGAUGAUGCGGCUGACCCUCAAGGACGACGGGACAAAGGCGGUCAUAGGGGAGGCGCUCAUCGACCUCAGCAG